CUCCAGAGUGUGGAGGAGGAGGAGGCAAAGUCAGAUCAAGUGCUGACAGCAGUACUAUGGGCAGAAAGGACGAUGACUCUGAGUACUGGAGAGAUGGUGACCCCAAACCUGACCUCCAGACUGAUACAAAGACUGGAAACUUCAACCAGUGUGCACGCUACACCACCCCACAAAUUCAUAACUUGGCUGAUGACACCGCCGUCAGCGCUGAUGAUGAUGGAGUGGAGGGUGGUCAGAGGGGGAGGAGCUAUGAGGAUGAUGAAGAGGAAGAGGGCCACCUGGUCUAUCACAUCGGCCUUGUGAUGAAGGAAAGAUAUGAAGUUGUCUGUACACUGGGAGAAGGAACAUUUGGAAAAGUCGUGGAGUGUAUCGACAUACAGAAAGAUGAGCACGUAGCUGUGAAGAUAAUGAGGAACACUGACUGUUUCUGUGAAGUAGCGAGGUCUGAGAUCACCGUGCUGGAGGAGAUCAAACGCCUGGAUGAUGACAACAGAUUUGCCUGUGUGAGGAUGCUGGACUGGUUUGAGCACAAAGGUCACAUCUGCAUCGUGUUUGAGCUGCUCGGCCUCAGUACCUUUGAGUUCCUCCAACAGAAUGAGUUCCUGCCGUUCAGUGUGGAGCAGAUCAGACACAUGGCCUUCCAGAUCAUCAAAGCUGUGUGCUUUCUGCACCGUAACAAGCUGACCCACACAGACCUGAAGCCAGAGAACAUCCUGUUUGUGUGCUCUGACUAUGACCUGGAAUAUAAUGAGGACCUGGAGUGUGAAGAGAGGAAGUUGAGGAGUCUUGAUGUUAAGGUGGUGGACUUUGGCACGGCCACGUUUGACCAUGAACACCAUGAAUCCCUGGUGUCAACGCGGUACUACCGAGCUCCAGAGGUCAUACUCGAUCUGGGCUGGAACCAGUCAUGUGAUGUUUGGAGUCUGGGCUGUGUCAUUACUGAGUUUUACCUCGGACGUGCACUCUUCCUGACCCAUGACAGUAAAGAACAUCUGGCCAUGAUGGAGAGAGUCCUGGGACCGAUCCCCCCACAUCUGCUCAAACAGACCAGGAAGAAGCAUUAUGUGCACAACGAGUGUCUGAACUGGGACGAGCAGAACCACGAUGACUACAUCAGGAAAUACUGUCAACCUCUCAAGCUGUACAUGCAGACACAGAAGGAGGAGGAGAGGCAGCUGUUCGACCUGCUCAGCUGCAUGUUGGAGUAUGACGUGUGCAAACGGAUCACCCUGGAGGAGGCACUGUGGCACCCGUUCUUCACCCCACUGAGGAUGCAGAACUAGCACCAGUGCAGCUAAUCCCCCCACCACACCACCACACACACACACACACACACACACACACACACACACACACACACACACACACA